UGUUAACAAAGCACAAACACACUACAACAAAAUGAAAUUCCUUAUCUGCUUGGCCCUCCUCUUCGCCGUCGCCCAGGCUAACCCCGGUAUCGUGGCACCUUUGACUUACUCGGCUGUGCCCUCAGUGGCCACCUAUGCUGCAUCCCCAUAUGCCUACAGCGCUUAUGCCGCACCUGCCGUUGCCAGCUACUCACACGCCGCUUACUCUGCCCCUGCUGUGGCCACUUACUCGCAUGUUGCUGCUCCAGCUGUGUACGGCGCCCCAGUUGCCCGUGUUGCCGCGGUCGCCCCCGUUGCCUACUCUGCUCCAGUCGUCUCAACUCUGUUGAAGAAAUAGAUGAUUUUGUUUUUUUGGAUUUCUAUAAACAAUGCUU